AUCAGGAUGUCACCACCGAGCGGGGACAUGCCAAAUAGCAAAGUGCAGGUCCGGUGGAAAACGGAACGGUUGAAGACCAGGGGCCAAAACACCGGUUUUGGGGAAGGCAGUGGAAAAACUGAACGCAGGCUGCGCCUCUCGCAAAAAUAGCCUCCUCGGCACGGACUCAAGCUGUACUUGGAAGGGCAGGUCAUGACAGCCCCCACCAUGCCCUUCCCAGGCCUCGCUCUCCGCUGGGAUCUAUGGAGGUGCUGAGGAGCAGCUCUGAGCCCCGCAGCCCCCGCCAACCCGCCCCGUGAACCAGUGCCCGGCCGCCUCCUCCUCGCCUCCUCUCCCGCAGCAUCCCGAUCCUCCGACUCAACCAUUCAAGGCUCCCGUGCAUGGAUCGCCCCAGCGAGGGACCGCUGCCGGACGCCGCCGACGCCGCCCCGUAGGCUCCCGGCCCCCCGUGCCCCCCCCAAGUACUCCACAUACCCCGAUGGGGUAACGUGACGGGGGUCACCCUCCCGCCACCCCCCCCCAUAUGCAGAGGCCUUUCUAGAGCGCCAGGGAGGCGGCAGCCGCUCGCCGUCGCGCACACGCCCAGGACGCCGACACUACAGCAAAGGGAUUUUUAAAAAAAAAAAAAAAAAAUUAUUAUUAUUAUUAUUAUCAUUAAUAUUAUUUUUUCUGGCUUUUUCCCCCGGUGGGCUUGCGGUGUGUUGAGGAAGCCGGUCCGCUCCCACAAGCUGGGAUUAUUUGCACAACGUCUGUAUAUUGAGUUCUCGACCCUGUUUUAUUUUUAUUUUUGAAGUGCAGAGGGGCUGUUAGUUGGGUAUUUUUGUUUUCCCCUCCGCGCCACGCUUUUCUUGGGUUUUUCCCCCACCACCAUCAACACCACCUCGCCCUCCUCGCAUCCCACCAUGGCCCGGAUGAACCGCCCUGCGCCGGUGGAGGUCUGCUACAAGAACAUGCGGUUCCUCAUCACCCACAACCCCACCAACGCCACGCUCAGCACCUUCUUGGAGGACCUGAAGAAGUACGGUGCCACCACGGUGGUGCGAGUGUGCGAAGUGACCUACGACAAGACCCCCCUGGAGAAGGACGGCAUCACCGUCAUGGAUUGGCCGUUUGAUGAUGGAGCGCCUCCUCCCAGCAAGAUAGUGGAAGAUUGGCUCAACUUGUUGAAGACCAAGUUCUGCGAAGACCCCGGCUGCUGCGUGGCCGUGCACUGCGUGGCCGGCCUGGGGCGCGCUCCCGUCCUCGUCGCGCUGGCCUUGAUCGAGAGCGGGAUGAAGUACGAAGACGCCAUCCAGUUCAUCCGACAGAAGCGCAGAGGAGCCAUCAACAGCAAGCAGCUGACGUACUUGGAAAAAUACCGACCAAAGCAAAGACUCCGAUUUAAGGACCCUCAUAACCACAAGAACAAAUGCUGCAUCAUGUAACCUCAAUGACCUCUUGCCAAAAUCUGUGCACACAGACACCCGGGCACUCGCACGCAUCCCACCCCCUCACCCCCCUGCCCAGCCCCGGGCACCCCACACGCCGCCCCACUGCCGGGGCUGGGGUUGGGGGGGACAUGGAGCACCACCACCAUCUUCCAGCACCCACAGCACCGUCGUCUUGCCAGACACCUGAAAAAAGGCUGCUCUCUCCAGCUACCGAGGAGGGAAGGCAGCGCUGCCCUUUGACUCUCGGCGUUAGCAGGCAGUGAGCUCACGUGAUGGGUUCUUCAUCGCCUUCCUCCUCCUCCCCUUCCCCUCCCGUUGCACUGAGAGGGAUGGGUGGAGGGUGCCUGGUUUGGGGUGAUGCAGGCAGGGCUGUGCCAGCUGAGAAGGGAUGGGGGGAGCAGGAGGGCCGGAGCACCCCCCAGGAAAACCCAUUCCCACCUCUUCCGUAUGAAUAAGGGCUGCAGCAACAGGCACGGAGGUGGGGAUGGUGCAGUGGCCUCGAGGCAGGGGGGAAGAUGGUGAUGGCAGGGGGAGGUGAAGGGGGCUUGCAGCUUGGUGCUGGCCCUGUGGCCACGGGAAGGGCUGAGCUAAUACUCCCCAGCGCCAUUCCCUUUCUCCUGGAUCCUCUCCCACCUCACCAUCUCCCCGUUGCCUUGAUGCCGGCUGGGGUGCUGCAGGUGGGGCUCGUUGGGGGCUCACUGCAGCGAAGGCAGGGGCGCUGGGAAACUCGGGGACCGUGGUGGGGCUUUGCCGGGGUGCAGGGGCAGCACUGGGUCCCCCAAAUUGUGGGGUACUCUUAUUUAUAGCUUCCAAAUUCAAUGCACAGGGUGGUGGGUUCCUUCCCGUCGUGUCCCCAUCACCAAGCCGUGGUGCAAACCCUAACGCUGGCUGUGGUGCCCUGGGGACGCAACACGCAUCUCGGGGCACAUCCAUGUCCUCCAGCGUUGCGUUUGCUGGCCAAGGGGCUGGGCUGCAGCUUUUCUGGGGGAUUUUGGAUGCUCCUGGCAAGAGCAUGUCACCGAAUUUGGCACCUGCCUUUCCCCACAUCUGUAACACGGCACCUGGCACCCCAACCGCCCCCCCCGCCCCCGGCCCCCCCACCGCCCGGCGUGUGCCCUGGUGGGGUGGACUCAGAACUGCCCCUGAGCCAGGACAUUAAACAUCUCUCAACUUUCUGCCUUUGAACGCUUGCAGCAGCUGGAGCAGUGGGCACGCAGGGGAUAUGGGGGUGUUUUUUUUCUUUUGACGAGGAUAAGAAGAAAUUUGCUAAUUAAAGGAAAAAAAAAAAAACUUAAAAAGAAACCAAACCUGUUUGUCUUCCGCAUGUCCUCUGGCCUUUCUUUCUCCCGUCGCUGCCCAGUGGAGCCCGGGAGGUGACCCAUGGCCCCCCCAGACCGAUCCCCGGCACCAAGUCACAGCUGGCUGCCAUCCACUGUCACCAGGGCGUACGUGUGGUCCAAGGGAUGCUCCGGGUAUCCUUUGGACUUGCUGCUGCUCAUCCCCUCAGCUGCAGAGGGUCUCAGCUGUUGGGGCAAGGAGGGCUAGUCAUCCAGCAUCUUGUGGUUGUAGGCUGCCCAGCUUGAGAUGCCUUCAGUGCCCUGUGUUGUGUAUCUCCAAAGGUUUGUGUGCCUUUCAAAACAUAGACUAUCCAGAGGCAUUUGCUUCAGAGGCUUCAUCUUUUGGCAUAAGCAGUGAGGAAGGCUGGUUGGACACCUUUGGUACCUGCAGAAGGGUAGGGGACAGCUUCAACCACCACACAGGCAGAGGAGGAGCUUGGAGGUGUUUCCAACGCGCUCCUCUCCAGAUGGGAGCCACGGGUUGCAUGGCAGGGAUGGCCAUCCCAUGGGAUGGGUUGUGGUGCUGAGCGAGGUGGGGACCUUCCACACAUGGCCCCAGAGCUGUCAUACGGCACACCUCGGGCCUGUCCAAACCUCCACAUUGUGGGACAGCCCUCAGUCUCUGGAGUUUCUCCUGCCCCAUUCCAAGCUGUUGAUUCCUAUGUCUCCUGGGGAAGGUGGCAACGGUCGAAGGGUCUGUGUUGGUUGGGAAGGUUGAGAAAUUGGGCUGAUAAAAAGGCCUGAUCCUGUAUUACAGCAGUCCCACUGGAUGGGUCACCAUCCCCUUCCUGCCCAGGUGUGUCCUCUUGCUGCUAAAAUAGGUGCUGCUUCGUCCCCAGGGGCAAUAGGAGGUGGCUUGGCAUUGCGAUGGGAACAGCCUCAAUCCCUCUUAGCCAGGAGACUUCGCACCCCCAUGUGCUCCCCAGUCACAACAGGCUGUGCCAUGUCUUGCGAAGAGUUCAGGAUAAAGUGGUGGGAACUGUUGCUUUGGAGGCUUGGAGAUGUUUCUGCCCUGGCAAGAGGAGGAGAAAUGGUUUCCUCGCCCACGGUCAUGGGAGCAUCGCAUGGCAGAUUGCCCAGGGCAAGCGGUCCAGGGCUUCAGCCACGAUGCUUUUGAGUUGGGGUCAGGUUGGGAUGGGGACAGAGGGGCUUGAAUUCAGCCUCCUUUGGCCAAAAGGAACUCUUCACCUUCUCCAUGCAGGGUUUGAUGGCGGAAGCGCUCGGUGCCGAGCCCUGAUGAGAGUACGCUCAGAUCUCAGCUUGGUGGGCUUGUCUGGGGGGAAGACAGGGGCAGGCAGGCUCUGCAGUGCUCCUUCGCUUUAUGUAGCAUCAACCCAUCCACCUUAAAAACAGAGAGCUUCUAAAGUAAGCGCAGUCCUUGACCUGGUACAAUCCAUGUGGCCAAAUCCUGAGCGCCUCUGGCUGGCAGAGCAGCAUCUUGAUACUCUUCAGUUUUGUGAGUCACUGCAAAAAAAAAAGAAACAAACCCAAAACCAUGCUGCUUUAAUUGUCCUAAUUUUUUUCUUUUUCCUUUUUUUAAUGGGUGUCACCUCCCUGUCCUGGAACUUGCUGUCACCUCCCAUGUGCCACUCCAUGGACAGGACACCUCGGCAGCCCAGGAGCUGCUGUCAUUGCAUGGAGGGCUUGAACACGAUCCAAGGUUUCUCUGAGUUGGACUGCCAAACAUUUGGGAAUUUUCUGAUAUGGACUUGGGCUCCUUCCUCUGAGGUACCAGCUCCUCGGUGUUUCAGCCUAGAGGGGGUUACACAAACGUAACAAGCUGGGGAAAUUGAGGGGUCUUCCACCUGGGGCUAGGAAUCUCAAAGAGCCCAGUUCCCUCACAAAAAUCUUGGGACAGCUGGGGAAGAGGGAAGGUUGGAGCUCAGUAGACAUAUAGCACCAGAGCAAGGCCUAAGCAGGAACGGCCUCAUGGUUUGGGCUGGUUUUGGGGUCUCUCCUACGCUAAUCCUCUUUUCACCUCGGAUGCCAAGAUGUUGAAAGGAGAGCCUUAAAAAUCUGACGUAUUUGCCUAUUCUGUUACUGCUUCAGUUGUCUCCAUUGGAUCUUGGCAGAUGUCAUAGGGAGCAGAUACCCCCAUGGCUUUGGCUACAAAGCAACCACCUUAUCCUGUCCUUAUCUACAGGAGCAAAGGCAUAAACUGGGUUUUAUACCUCCUCACCUCUAUCCACCUCCUUCACUCCUCCAUGGAAACCUGUCAUCUUUCCAUAGUUUGCAGGGUCAGGGCUCCAAACUGGUAGCGAGAGCUUUGGAGACCCAAGGGAUGGUGAAGCAGAGAUGCCCUAACCAUCAAACCAAGAGCUUGUGGGCUUUGCCCAGGAAUCUCAUGGCUGAACCUGACGUGGGUUGGAUGGGGCUUUGAGCAGCCUGGUCUAGUGGGCGGUGUCCCUGCCCAUGGCAGGGGGGUUGGAACUAGAUGAUCUUUAAGGUCCCUUCCAACCCGAACCAUUCCAUGAUUCUGUGGGGGAAUAAAUCUGAGCAGGAAUUUGUAGCUGUGUCCUCUCACCGGUGGCACACACGUGCCCUCAUCUGCAUUUUGGUUCAGAGGCUGGUGUGUCCCUUGUUUGCCAGUCAGAUGGAGCGCGUGGUGGGGGCAGCGGUGGGAAGGAAGGCAACGCGGCCGUUGCAAAUGGCCAGCUCUUUAUUUCAGAAAGGUCUGGUGACACGUAUUUAAAGACUUCGCAUUUGUAAAUUCAUAUUAUGAGUCUUGCAAUAAGGCUGACACUGUGGUGCUUGGGCUGAGAGUUUCGUAUGAGGAGGUUUAUGAGUAACAGAUUUCCCGAGGAAGCAGAGAGUCUUGCUCUAUCUACAAUAGAACGAGUCGUUUUCUUUUUUUUCUUUUUUUUUUUUUUCAUUGGGUUUGUUUGUUUUUUAGUAGUCCCAGUGGGAAAGCACACAGGGAGAUUCGUGACUUCCACGCAUUUUCCAGGGUCUUAUAUCUCAUUUGCUUCCAGCGGGCCGGGUAGGUGCAGUUGGGCGGGUGGAUUUGGAUGGGAUGCUGUCUGGUGGGAGAAGAAUGUGGCUGGUUUCUUUACGCCGCAGGGGGUGACGGGCCGGCUGCGCUCCCUCUCACAGGCUCCUCCAGACAUUCCUGGUUGUUUCGCCGCGCUCGCCUUCCCUUCAGACCACCAUCUCCCAAUGAACUCUCGACUUCCCUGCUGUUUCUUUCUGUGCGGCAAAGAACUGCAUAUUUUCCUUUUUAACUCCGUGGGCAGUCGUAGUAGUAUGUAGAUUAAGCCCAGAUGACUUUUUUUUUUUGUUUUGGGUUUUUGUUUUUGUUUUUGUUUUUUUUUUGGUCUGAGCCAUAGCUAAAUUAUUAUACCCAAUGCUUUUUGUAUCAGACGGCAUCACUUUGAAUAUGCAGAUGAGGUAUAGGAUCUUGACACUUUAUAACCUUUUUAAAAAAGAAACUUGUCUGUUUACUUAUGUCUUGUGUAAAAAGGAAAAAAAAAUGUAUGCCUUUUAAUAAUCACUUUUUUUUUUUUGAGUUUUAUGAAAUUACAGUGGUUUCACUCCAGCAGCGAAAUAAAAAGCGUUCACUGUUUUGUA